CUCCACACGACCACCCUGUGAGAUUUUUUUUUUUUUAAGUUUUUGGCCGCGCCGGGUCUUGUGGGAUCUUAGUUCCCGAGCAGGGAUUGAACCGGCGCACCCGGCCGUGAAAGCGCCGAGUCCUAACCUCUGGACCUCCAGGGAAUUCCCUAAGGUAUUAUUAUUCCCAUCUUACAAAUCAGGCUCGGAGAAGUCAAGUAACUUGUUGGGAGGAGAACUGAACUUGAAUGCGCUUCCCACUAUACCCGGGAGCAUCAUUCCCAGGAUCUCUUCAGGGCCACCUGUUAAUGCGUUCUAAAUUACAACGUUAAUAAAGCUCUGGAUUUACAACCAGGACACGGUUUGGAGAGUUUCGGGUACUUUCCGUCCAGUUUUCCGCAAUAUAAAGUAGGGAUAAUUACCGACCCCUUUUCCACUUCAAAAGACUGACGUGAUAAUUAGGGAGCCGAGAUUAGCUGGAAGUCAGAACAAGAAUAAACUACGACUCCCAACAAGCCCGCAGAGGUGACUCGGGCGGGGGACAGCUCCCGCUUCGGGGCAGAGGUGACCCCGCGCGUCCGCGGCCAAGCAGGGAGUCCCCCCGCCCCGGGCCGCGCCUCUUUCCCGAUGCAUCCAGGGACUUGUAGUUCCCGUCGGGCGCGGGUGAGCCCGGGGGAUAGGGGGCGCGCGGAUCUCCUACUACAAGUCCCGUGAUGCGACCGGGGCGCCGCCGCGCCUGCGUGCUGAGGCCGCGGGGGAGUGCGGGCGGCGCGGGCAGCGGAGCAGUAAAGAUGGCAGCGCGCGGGUCUCCGCCCUCCGCUCCCGGCUGAGGCGCUUGGCUGCGGCUGCGGCUGCGGCUGCGGCGGCGGCCCGCAGCAGCGGCGGCGAUGGCGGAGAUGGAGCACCUGGGCGGCAAGCGAGCUGAGUCGGCGCGGGCACGGCGGGCCGAGCAGCUGCGGCGCUGGCGGGGCUCGCUGACGGAGCAGGAGCCCGCCGACCGGCCGGGCGCGGGGCUGCCGUCGCAGGCUCAACGCGGGGGCCCGCGGGUCCGCUUCGAGGACGGCGCCGUGUUCCUGGCCGCCUGCUCUAGCGGGGACACCGACGAAGUGAGGCGGCUCCUGGCCCGGGGCGCCGACGUGGACACGGCCAACGUGGACGGCCUGACCGCCCUGCACCAGGCUUGUAUUGAUGAAAAUUUGGACAUGGUGAAGUUUCUGGUGGAGAAUGGAGCCAGUGUAAACCAGCAGGACAACGAGGGCUGGACCCCCCUCCACGCAGCGGCGUCCUGUGGCUACCUCAACAUAGCAGAGUAUUUCAUUAACCAUGGAGCCAGCGUGGGUGUUGUGAACAGUGAAGGGGAAGUCCCCUCUGACCUCGCAGAAGAGCCUGCCAUGAAGGAUCUUCUUCUGCAGCAAGUGAAGAAGCAAGGGGUCGAUCUCGAGCAGUCGAGGAAGGCAGAGGAAGAGCAGAUGCUGCAGGACGCCCGCCAGUGGCUCAACAGCGGGAAAAUACAGGACGUGAGGCAGGCGCGCUCAGGGGCCACCGCCCUGCACGUGGCCGCCGCCAAGGGCUACUCUGAGGUCCUCAGACUUUUGACUCAGGCUGGCUAUGAGCUCAAUGUCCAGGACCGCGACGGCUGGACCCCGCUCCAUGCCGCCGCACACUGGGGCGUGAAGGAGGCGUGCUCCAUCCUGGCAGAAGCCCUCUGUGACAUGGACGUCAGGAGCAAACUGGGCCAGACACCGCUUGAUGUGGCUGACGAGGGCCUCGUGGAGCACCUGGAGAUGCUGCAGAAGAAGCAGAGCGUGCUUCGAAGUGAAAAAGAGACACGGAAUAAGCUCAUUGAGUCAGACCUGAACAGCAAGUUGCACGGUAGACUCUUUAAGAACAAAGAGAAGAUGCUCUAUGAGGAGGAGACACCAAAGCCGCAAGAAAUGGAGGAUGAAAACAAAGAAUCCAGCAGCUCCAGCUCAGAUGAGGACGAAGGUGAAGAUGAGGCUUCUGAGUCAGAAACCGAGAAGGAGGCGGGUGAUGCCGAGACCCCCUGUCCCCAGAGCACGGGGGGUCACUGCUUGUCACAAGAUAAAAAGCUGGGAGCCAUCGUCAGCCGUUCCAGCUCUGAAAGCAAGAGUAGUGCCGCAGAGCGGACGCCAGCACCAGCGCAGAUCAUCUCCUCCACCUCUUCGGCCAGGAGAUUCUCCGGCCUUUUCAACAAGCCGGAAGAGCCCAGAGAUGAGUCUCCGUCUUCGUGGAGGCUGGGCCUCAGGAAGACCGGCAGCCAGAACGUGCUGAGCGAGGCGGCCAAGUCCAGGGAGGCCCUGCGGGACCGGGGUGCAUCCAUCCACCGCUCGGCCUCCAGCCCCCGCAUCUCCACUGUGCUGGACAACAGAGAAAAGGAGGGAGAAAACAGAAGCUGUUUCAGUUCUCUGGGGCCGCGGAGGCUCAGCGGCGCCGGCGACCCGGAGGAGAAGGAGAACAGAGAGUCGGCCGCUCACCUGGUGCGGAGCGGCCCCCCCGCCCGCCAGCUGCGGAGGGACGGAGCGGAGGGGAGCGAAUCUCUGCAGACGGCUGCCCCUUCCACCUACGUGACAACCUACCUGAAAAGGCCUCCUUACAAAUCCCAGGCUGACUCCGCAGCGGAGAGAACAGUAGACAGUGUCUCUUGCGGCACCCCCCUCUGUGUGAUCACGAAUCGCCCCCCACCUAGCACUGCCAAUGGGGUUACAGCUGCCGCCCUGCUCUCCACUCCUGGAACGGACUCCUCUGUGGAAGCCAGGGAGAGGAGGAGGUCGUAUCUGACUCCUGUACGGGAUGAGGAAGCAGAGUCGUUACGGAAAGCGCGCUCCAGACAAGCUCGGCAGACUCGAAGGUCUACCCAAGGUGUAACCCUGACGGAUCUCCAGGAAGCAGAAAGGACGUUCAGCCGGUCGAGGGCGGAGCGUCAGGCUCAGGAAGAGCCCGGCCCGAAGCCCGUGGGCCCCGGAGGGCUUGAGGGCAGCGCGCAGAAGCAUGAGGCCCUGGCAGCCCCUGCAGAGGAAGCGGGGGAGAGCCGCCAGCCCUGGGACCGGAGUCUGGAGGGUCAGCCUGUGUAUCGUCGCCUGAGGUGUCCGGCUCAGCCAGACAAACCCGCAACACCAGUGUCACCUCCUGCCCCGAGACCCUCCCUUUACACCAGUUCCUACCUGCUCCGGACGGGUAGGUCUUCAGUCCCUGAUUCAGAGAGUUCAGAGCCCCCCGCCAGCCCUGCAGGGGCAAAGGAAAUGGACAAAAACGAGGGCGAAGAAGCAGAUUUGGGUGAUCAGUCCUCUAACAGGCUGUCCCUUCGUGAGAGGAGGCGUCCCAAGGAGCGACGAAGAGGCACAGGCAUCAACUUCUGGACAAAGGACGAAGAUGAAACUGAUGUCUCGGAAGAGGUGAAGGCGGCGUGGCAUGAACGACUUUCUAGGUUGGAAUUGGGAGGCAGUGACGCCAGCAGCGAGCGGGCUUCGGCCAGAGCCCGCCGGGAGGCCCGCGAGGCCCGCCUGGCCACCCUGAGCAGCCGCGCGGGGGAGGACAGCAGCAGGGGCUACAGAAAGCUCUACGAGAGCGCCCUUACCGAAAACCAGAAACUGAAGACAAAACUUCAGGAGGCCCAGCUCGAGCUGGCAGACGUGAAAUCCAAGCUUGAGAAGAUGGCCCAGCAGAAACAAGACAAGACCGCCGACCGGUCUUCGGUGCUGGAGAUGGAGAAGCGGGAGAGGCGAGCCUUGGAGCGGAAGAUGUCGGAGAUGGAGGAGGAGAUGAAGGUCCUGACGGAACUGAAAUCCGACAACCAGAGGCUGAAGGACGAGAACGGCGCCCUCAUCAGGGUCAUCAGCAAGCUGUCCAAGUAGACCAGGCACUGGCUUCCCGGGAAGGCGCCGGGCCCCGCCUCCGCCCGCCGGCACCCACCAGCCAAGAGGAGCCAGAAGGACCUUUCCCUGGCCGUCGCCCCGUUGCCGCCUCUGCACCCUCCGUGCCCCCUCCUCCGGCCCCCGCCGCUGGCUUUCAGACAGUUUUCAUCGAAGCACGACUGCGAUCCUUCGACCAAUAGAGCCAUCUGCUGGAGGCCUCGGGGUCGCCAGGCCAGCCGCGGACCCGGCCUCCGGCUGCCGGGCCGCCGGUCCACGUAGCGCUUGGUCCAGGCCCCAGCCCUGCUGCCCCCGCCAUGUGCUCUGACGUGGGACACACAUGGGGAGGCCUCUGGAGCUGCCGCCACUAGACCCAAGCUGACAGUGACUCCACGCCGGGGUCCCUGCUUGUCCUCGCCUCUCAGGAGCUGACUUUUCUCUAACUCCCGCCGGUGGUGGUGGAAUUCUUUCUGCCAGAAACCCAGUGGCACCCUGACUGGUCUUAACGCCCGUUCCCUCCGUGUCUGGCCCUCUCCCCGGGGCUCGGGUGACCUGGCUUGCCCCUUCCCUUUCUGCCCUCUUCCUUUCCUUCCUCCAUCCGCCCCGCGGCGCGUGCCCCGGGGCGUGGGUGCUGCGGCAGAGCACCGGCCCCAGCGCUGUGCCCGGGCAGCGGUGCCGCCAGCCUCUCCCACGCCGAGCCGGGCCGGGCCCAGCCCCCCCUCGUCCUCCGCGCGCGGCGUUUCUCUGCGAGAACCCCCGCCUGCCCCACCUCCCUCUGACCGCGUCUCCUCUCCUGAAGAGAAGUGCGUCGCCGUGAGGAGGCGUGGGGGGCGUCUGGGGCCCCCCCAUGCCUUGUGCUGUGAGCGUGGUGGGCUUGAUGGCGUCGGGCGUGUGUUCCGGGGAGACGAGUGUUUGCUCAGAAGCCAGCAGGAGGAACGAGUCUGGACUCGGAGUGGCGAGACCCGGCGGCCAAGGCUGUGUCCCAGGGACCCCCGCCCGCGGUCAGGGAGCCUCCGGCGGCUGUGCCUCGAUCGCUCGAAAGCUGGGCGGCUUGGAUGGGAGUUGAGGUCUUCCUGAGGGCCCCCUGUAACAUGAGAGCCCUGCCGCAGCUGCGGUGGGGACCCCCAAGGUGCUGACGCUCCCCUGGGCCUGGGAGUCGGUCCCCACGUGCCCCGCUUUUCCCACCUGCCCCGUCUUGGCUAGCCUUCUCUGGACGAAAACCUGGACAGGUGGCUCCCUUGGUCCAGCACAGGAUUAGGUCAUGGGUUCUUGAUGCUGCCCCGGUAUUAACACUUCAGUGUUUGCUUUUUGUAGGCGCUCUAUCCCUCGGCUGGUUUGAGUGUGCAGAUCACUUUGGGGUUGCCGGAGAUAUUUGGUGUGUAGCAGUCCAUUCUCAACAUACGCUACCUCUGUCUGGUUUUUCUUUCCAGCCCCUUCCAUGGCCCUCAGAAGCGUCACAUGCUCUUUAACCCAGAGCCACGACCAAGGUCCCGGUUUGGGAUAGGAUAUUUGUCUCCUGGGGCAAGACGCCGUUCUCAGAGUGUGCAGACUCUUCCACCCCGGCCGUUUCCUGCAAGGAGCGACGCCCCGCGGGGGGAUUUGUGUCGUCGGGGCGGGGUGGGGGGGGGUUGCGUGGGGGGGAUGCUGAGUCAGAGUGAAGCUUCAUAUCUUCCACUGUAGCGUUUCCUGUGUUCUGGGGGAGGGGACCGGGCACGAGGCCUUGGCCUUGACCCUGACUCUCCGGCACGCCCUGGGUGCCGGGCCAGGACUGGCGUUGGCUGUCACCUCUUUCUCAGGAAAAGGAAACUGAAUUAUUAGGACGUCACCUGGAGUCUUGCAUCAGGCAGACCAGGCAGAGGGGCCGCAGCACGCCCUCCGCUCCAUCUGUGCCUUUCGGGGGCGCGGGCGGCUCUGGGAACCCGGUCGGGCUGUGUCCGCGCCUCUCUCCAGCCCUUCCGUGUCGGGCCUCUCCACUGAGGAAGCCAGGCUCCGUGGCCAGAGCUCGUGGUGUGGACCAUCCCGCGAUCUCAGGCGCGCUCUCUUAUGCAACUAACUCUGUGAGACAGACUCUGAAUCUGGUCUCUUCCAGGCUGUGCUGUCGGCCAGGUGAUGACCAGGGGCCUCCUUGCUGCCUCUGGGGUUCCGCCCUGUCACCGCGGUGCCUGGGUGGGUGGUCAGCGCUGGGGGGAGGGCCUCGUCGGCCUUGGCCAGAGGUUUUCUGGACGGGUCGCACCUCUGGAAGUGACAACCAGCCCCUGAGAGUCCGAGUCUCUGGCCGAAGCCUCACUGCUUCGCCCCCCCGUGCCUGAGGCCCCAGGCCGGGCCUUGGAAGGGUUUGAAGGAAGGACGAGCCCUGGCCUGUCUCCUCGGCCCGCUUGCAGGGCGUUGGCUCCUCUGCUUCCCUGCCCCGAGCAAAUCGCGUGCAUGUCAGCGCCGCUCGGGAAGAAAGGCGGCUGGAGUCCCACCUUGAAGCCUGUGGACCCCACCGAGGUGCGUGUGAACUGCCAGCGUGGAGAGGAGCUGCUCGUUUCCGUCUCCGGGUUUCUGGCCCUGGAGCGGGCCUCUCCCCCCCGGACGGACCCGGACAGAGGCCGGGGUGGCGGUGGGCGCUGCUCCGGGGUGGGCGUGAGGCAGCAGGAGCGGCGCGGAGGGGCUUCCCAGCUCCCAGGCCACUGUGCGCCUCCGAGGGGAAACCUCGGGGACUCGGCGGCUGGGCCGGUGGUGGGGGGGCCCUGGUUCCGUCCGCGGGGUGAGCGCUGGCGUCCUGGCCUCCAGCACCGCCCCUGACGCUGGACUCGGCGGCCCGCGGUCAGAGGUGGUCCUGCCCGUCGGGGCCCAGUUUUAAGUACAGAGCGUGGCCCCUAUUGCUGAGUUUUAAGGCAGGUUUCAGCACCUCGGAGGGUGUGUCUCCUGGCCUUGCAGGAAGGCAGCUGUGGCGGCAGAACUAGGCCACUGAAGGGACCGGGCGCCGGGGCCCGGGGCCAGCGCCGUCCUGACCAGCCGUGCGGCCGUCUGUGAGGGGGCUGGGUCGGUGGUCUGUGAUUUGUUGGUUCCUGGGGAGACCAGAACAUUCGUCACUCAGAGUUUUUGCUCUAACUUCAAAAAUUCUUUUCUUCUCAUUCAGGUUGUUUAAGAGUGUGUCAGGUGGGAAAGUGAAUUCAGUAUGGAGGGUAGUGGCCGUCCCUCCUGAUGGCCUGGUGAGAAUAUGCAAACCCGCGGGGGUGGAAACACGGCCUCUGGAUGAGUGAUUCUCAUGGGAGGGGCCCGGCUCCUGGCGGUCCAGACAGCAGACCCGCUGUGUUUCUCCCCGCCAGCCACUCAGUCUCAGCUCUGCCUUAAGCACCAGAGGGCCUUCCUCGAGGAAACCCCAGCCUUUAGUUUUGUGGGGUCAUCAGAUCUGGACCUGGGCUGUCGCAAGCCGAGGUCCCUCCCCUGAGCAGGGCUGCAGGGAGUUUACACCAAAGACUUCAGGACCGAGCCGCCCCCGGGGAGGAGGGGGAGGGCCAGGGUCUGGGGCCCGCAUCCCUCAGCCUCCAGCCAAGCUGAAGCUUUGCUCAGCCUCCCGGAUGGGUAUGUAGACUCUAUCAAGGAUGGCCAUUGAUCACCUGUGCUCUGAUUAGAUUGGGCAGUAGAUCAGCUUCACCGCGGCCCGGGGAACCGUCACUGUCACGGCUGCUUGGGAGCGAGGUGGGCUCGGGGGCCGAGAAGAGCCAAAUAGAGAAUCUGGACCGGCUGGUGGCUGCGUAGCAGGCAACGCAGCCCCUCCUGUGAGGGUCGUGGUCGGACGACGUCCGGUUGAGGAGGGGUCCUGGGAGCCCCUCCUUGGGAAGUACAUCUAGAGACGGACACUGCUGAGGGUUGCUCUGAUCCUGCCUGAGGAGGUUUCGAGCUCUGGGGAUCUCUCUUGCUUCUAGCCUGUGUGCACAUGCGUGUUUGCUACAUGGAGGUUUCAAAAUGCAGUCUCAUGGCCCAGUUUCAUCCAAGUGUGUUAUUCUGUUAACUCAUAUCUUUUGCUUCCCCCUGCAUUCCCCAGAGGGCCUCGCUCUGAGCUUCUCCAAUUAAUGUGCUUAUCAUUUUGGACUGCGAAUCUGCCAGAGUGACCUUUUCUGUUACUUCCCCAGAUUUUCCCCCAAUGCUCCCAGCGAGCUUUUCCUUUUCCCGCGUGGCCCUUUCAGGCGACCUCAGGACGCCCCUGUCUUUGCAAAAUAAACACACCUUUCACCCUCUGGCCUACUCUCAUCUUCCUCCACGUUACCUUUUUGCUUUUCUCACUUGGAGCUGAUGGUGCUUUAGAGGAGAGAUUGUCCACGAAUCAGCCCCGACUCUUGUGGUUGCAAAGCUGACUGGCUGUGCCACUUCCCUCGAAGGUGAGGUUUGCCCUAGCCUGGGCGGGGCCCAUGGGCAGCCUGGCCUCGUCUGUGCAGCUAGAGACUGAGCGAGUCCUCAGGAGGGCACCGGGCAGUGUCGGUGCGUCUGGGACAGUGGCUCAUCUGCUGUUGCCUUGCAGGAGCGGGUUCAGGAAAGGCAGGGCCCCGGGGGCCUCAUUGAAGCCUCGAUGGUCUCACAGAAGCAGGACUCGGGGUGCGGGCAGGUCCUGGACGUGGGGUGCUAGGCUGGCCUCUGAGCCUGACCUGCGUCUUCUCUCCACACCGCGCUCUUCUGGGGAGGGGGCUUGGAGGGAAAGACGAGGAGCUCCAGCCAAGACAGCAGGAGGUGGGCCGCAGGGGUGGGGGUCCCCCCCUGCAGCCCUGAAAGGCUGGGGCUGCCGUCAGGCUGGCACCGGGUGGGGGAGGGCGAGGCUCUGCCCCCAUGUCCCGCCCUGGGGGAGUCUGACUCAGGCUGCAGCGCGUGGCCCCCCUCAUCCCCCUCCGUUCCCUCUGCCUCGGUCUUGAUCAGUGGAAAGAGCUGUGAGGCCCUCCCUGGGGUCUCCACAUCCCCAUUCCAGGGGUAGCGUUUUGUCUCUGUUCACCUUACCCCCACCUGACUUCCCCUCCAAGGAAGCACCAGAUGGACCGUUUUAACUCGGCUCCGUUGUAAAUACACGUGGUGGGGAAGGGGUUUAGGGAAGGACCCAGAUGCGCUUUGUGAGCUGAAUGUAUUUUUAUGCAAUUUUGAGUGGCCUUUCAACUCUGAGAUCAAUGGUUUUGUUUUACUGGUUGUUAUUAUAUAGUAUUAUUAAGUAUUCUGUGUUUGAAAGUUUGGGAAUAAUAACAUCCACAUCUACAUGAUGCCUGUAAACACAACAGUAUUUAUAAAUAAGUAAAUUAAAUUGUGUUUUAACUUU